AUGUAUCAUGAUAUCAAUACUAUUUUAAAAGAAGGUUGCACUCUACUUUUAAUUGCUGCAUCAUAUUAUGAAGAAGAACUUAUUAAAUACCUUUUGGAUCGUGGAGCUGAUGCUACUAUACAUAAUUAUGAUGGAUAUACACCAUUAAUGGCAUUAUGUGAAAGUGCAAAAAUGAGAGAUUAUUCAAAUUGUUCAUCUCUGUUAAUUGAAGUAUCAAAUGUAGAUGCAACUGAUAACCGAAAAAUGACAGCUUUAAUGUACGCAUGUAAAAAAGGAAAAAUAGAACUUGUAAAGCAACUGAUAAAACAUACCAAAAAUAUUAAUGCUGAAGAUAUACGAGGUUGUACUGCUUUAUUUCAUGCUGUCCUAAGCGAAAAAAUUGAAGUAGUAAAAUUACUUGUGGACAAUAAAGCUGAUACCGCAAUUAUGAAUAAUGAGAAUCGUACUGCUGAAAAAGUGGCCGAUUCAAAAGGAUAUCACCAGAUCUCAUCAUUUUUAUCCAACGAAAUUGAUAAUCCAUUGAAUUACAAAAUACUUUCAAAUCUUAAUUGGAGAUAUCAAUUUCACAGAUUAUUUUCUAUGGAAGAUCACUGUGUGAACUAUGAUAUAUAUGAUUAUUUGAAUCAAUUGAAUCUAAAGUGUUAUGUGACGUUUUUCAGAAAAAUGAAGUUACAGAUAUUUUUACAGUUAACUGAAGAAGAUCUCAUAAAUUUAAAAAUGAAUAUUAGUGUCCAUAGAAAUCGAUUUUUAGAAUUUUUAAAUCAAUUUCAUUGUAAACCAUGGGACAAGAUGUCCCUACAUUUAAAUUUAUAUGGUUCUCCUUACACGUAUGUUUAA